AUGGCAGUGGGUGAGACCCUGCUGUAUCUCAGGGCCACUCUUCUGCUGCUCUGGCUUGAGGUGCCUUUGCCCACUUAUGGCCACUCUCAGGCCAGGCCCUCCCAGCAUUUCACCUCCCCGGAAGUGGUGAUCCCCUUGAGGGUGAUCAGCAAGGGCAGAGGUACAAAGGCUCCGGGAUGGCUCUCCUAUAGCCUGAGAUUUGGGGGCCAGAGACACAUUGUCCACAUGAAGGUCAAGAAGCUGUUGUUUUCCACACACCUCCCUGUGUUCACCUACACGGAGCAGGAUGCCCUCGUCCAGGAUCAGCCCUUCAUCCCUGAUGACUGCUACUAUGACGGUUAUGUGGAAGGGUUCCCUGUGUCCCUGGUUGCCCUCAGUACCUGUUCUGGGGGUUUUCAAGGAAUGCUACAGAUAAAUGACCUUGCUUAUGAAAUUGAGCCAAUUAGGAUUUCUGCCACAUUUGAACACCUGAUGUAUAAGAUAGACAGUGAAGACACACAGUUCCCACCUAUGAGAUGUGGUUUAACAGAAGAGAAAAUAGCACGUCAAUUGGAGUUGCAAUUGUCAUACAAUUUCACUCUGAAGCAAAGUUCUUAUUUCGGCUGGUGGACCCACCAGAGGUUUCUUGAGCUUGCAGUGGUUGUAGACCAUGGUAGAUACCUUUUCUCUGAAAGUAAUGUGUCAGUAAUUCAGUACCAAGUAUUUGUUACUGUCAAUAUUGUGGAUGCUCUCUAUGAAGCUCUUAACAUUGAUAUAAUUUUGACUGGAAUUGAGAUAUGGACUGAAAAAAAUCCAUUUUCUACCAGUGGGGACUUAGAUCGUGUUGUGGAGGAGUUUGGUUUUUGGAAGUAUUUUAACUUUGAUAGGCGAGUGCAUCAUGAUACUGUGCAUCUUCUUAUAAAAGAAUUACAUGGUGUGAAGCUUGGUGUUGCCUAUGUUAAAGGAAUAUGCCAGACUCCAUUUAAUUGUGGAGUUGAUGUUUUUGAAGACAACAGCGUGGUUGGUUUUGCACUGGUUUUCGCCCAUGAGCUUGGUCAUAAUUUGGGUAUGGUACACGACACUGUAUGGUGUUUAUGUGGGCUAGAAUUUUGCAUAAUGUAUGCCUACAGAAAGUCAUCAACUAGAUUCAGCAACUGCAGUUAUGCUCAAUAUUUUGACAAUAGUUACGAUACUGGAUUAUGUCUUCACCCUCCUCCAUAUCCAGAGAAUAUCUUUAGGCUGAAGUUCUGCGGAAACCUAGUGGUUGAAGAAGGAGAGGAGUGUGACUGUGGAACCGUGCAUCAGUGUGCUAAAGAUCCCUGUUGUCUGUUAAACUGCACUCUGACUCCUGGAGCUACUUGUGCUUUUGGAAGGUGUUGCAAAGACUGCAAAUUCAUGCCAUCAGGAACUUUAUGUAGACAACAGGUCAGUGAAUGUGACCUUCCGGAGUGGUGCAAUGGGACAUCCCAUCAAUGCCCAGAUGAUGUGUAUGUGCAGGAUGGAUUUUCCUGUAGUGUUAAUACCUACUGCUAUAAAAAGUCAUGCAAUAACCAUGAUAUUCAAUGUAAAGAGAUUUUUGGCCAAGAUGCACUGAGUGCAUCUCAGAGUUGCUACAAAGAAAUCAAUACCCAAGGAAAUCGUUUUGGUCACUGUGGUAUUGUAGGCACAAUAUACGUACGGUGUUUGACCGCUGAUAUCAUGUGUGGAAGAGUUCAGUGUGAAAAUGUAACAGAGAUUCCCAAACUGAUAGACCAUACUACAGUGCGUCAAUUUCACUUCAAUGACACGACUUGCUGGGGCACUGAUUAUCAUUUGGGGAUGUCUAUACCUGAUGUUGGUCAAGUGAAAGAUGGAACUGCGUGUGGUCCAGAAAAGAUCUGCAUCAACAGGAAGUGUGCCAGUAUGGUUCGUCUGUCACCAGCCUGUCAGCCUGAGACCUGUAACAUGAGAGGGGUCUGCAAUAAUAAACAGCACUGUCACUGCGACCAUGGAUGGGCACCUCCCUACUGUAAAUACGAAGGCCUUGGAGGAAGUAAUGAUAGCGGCCCACCUCCUGGGAUCAGCACAGAAGUGUUAAACAUGAAGAGAAAUUUGAGUUAUAUCUCAUUAUUGUGGCUUCUUCCUUUGAUGGCUUUAUUUUUAUUUUGCUUCCUUGUACUCUGUAAGAAAAGGAAAAAAACAAAAGAGAAAGUUGAAGAAAAUGCAUAG